CCAAGCACUACACAUCCCCGUACCAAACUAUCCACCUGCAACACUGAUACAGCAAAAGAUUGCCUGGCGGAAGGCUCAGAAGACUUCACAACGACGCUGUUACCUACAUCCACGAUUCGCGCGCUGCCAGCAAGUUCCAUCAUGCGCUACUAACCUGCAUCUCAAUGCGAUGCCCACAACCCUACAACCGGCCGUCUUGUUCGCUUGCUCAGUCCAGCCAUGUACUUGCCACGUCUAUUGAUAUCUCAGCUUUACACGAAUCUCGUCCGUUCACAUCAUCCUCUUUCGCCGCCUGUCCUUCUUCUGGUCGCUCUCGAACCGGACUCAUUAUGUGCCUGCCGUAUCCUCACCUCAUUACUCAAACGCGACUAUGUCCCACACAAGAUCCAGCCAGUCUCCGGGUAUGCAGACCUUGCAAGAGCCGGAGAAGAGUUGGUGCGGCCUAUGAAAACCACAGCAGGCGGUAGCGGAGGUGUUGUCAUCUGCCUCGGAGUAGGUGGUCUUGUUGACCUAGGAAGCCUGCUGGGUCUGGAAGAUGAAGACAUUCCAGAAGUGAUGGGCGGCGUGGAGGUAUGGGUUCUAGAUGCCAGACGCCCCUGGAACUUGUCCAAUAUUUUUGGUGGACUGCCCUCGGAACCACAGGUUGUGGAAACCGACACCAACACAAGGAGGACCCGGGGGGUGGAAAAGGGCUGCAUUCAAAAGUCAUACAAAUCAGGCAAGGGUGGCAUAAUUGUCUUCGACGAUGGAGACAUCGAUGCUGAACUAGAAGCGGAAAGAGAAGCAUACUGCGCGUUGGUGGAGAUGCCCCAGGUGGAAGAAACUGAGAGUGAUGACGAUGAUAAUGAUUUGGAGGACGAGGACAGCCAAAAUACCUCCUCAAGGAAACGAAAGUCUUGGUCCGACAGAGAUGGAGAGGACGCCGACAUUGACCUAGACGAAGAACGGCCACGUCAACGGCGGAGGAGUAAUUCAGGCUCCUCCAUUGCCUCCACGCCUCGAAGCAGAACUCCUUCUUCCUCUCAGCCGACCUCACCAGCCUCAAAGCCUCCCUCGCCAAAACCACCAACAGCGAAACAACUUCGAAAGCGAUUACGGAAAAUACGAGAAAAACACGAAUUAGUCCUUCAACAGUACAACAGUAUGGGGACGUCUUACUCGGAGCCCAUAUCAACUCUGGCCUACUCCCUGGCCUCAGCCCUGGGCCGGGAAGAUAACGAUCUCCUAUGGCUUGCCAUCAUCGGCGUCACAUCUCUAGAACUCUACGGCCAUACCUCUACUGGUCUAGGGACCUCCGUCUCUACGACGAACACGCACGAGCACCACAGAUCAUGGCGCUCAACGCGCUCCUCGCAGACAUACGCCCUCUUACGAGACGAAGUGCGUCGUCUCAACCCUCCACCAGCCGAUCAGUCACCCACCAUAUCACCCGGCGCCGGCGGCACAAGCUCGCCCAGCGACACCUCCAUCCGACUUUCCCCAGAUCCUCGCUUCCUCCUUCUCCGACACUGGUCCCUCUACGACAGCAUGCUCCACUCACCUUACCUGGCGUCACGACUACAUGUCUGGAACGAGUCUGGGGUCAAAAGGCUGCACAAGCUCCUUGCCAAGAUGGGCGUAUCACUCACCCAGUGCAAGCAGACCUAUACGCAUAUGGACAUGGACCUGAAGAAAUCGCUCCGCCAACGACUCCUCAAAUAUGCUGGCGUGUACGGCCUGGAUGACCUCGUCCCAUCUGGCUCGGGCCGCGCAUCCUAUGACCAAGAAGGAUGGGGCUUCAUCCGGUCUUGGGGUUGGAAAGCACAACUCUCCGCCGUCGAUGUCGGCGUUAUACUCGGCGCCAUACUUGACGUUGGGACAACGCAUAUCCCAGCCACGCCAUCCAUCUCAUAUUCAAGCUUUUCUGAAUCUUCCCAGCGGACAAAUACCGCCGACGACGUGCCCGAGCGGUCCCAAGCCCUAUUGCCGCGGUUCUUCGCCGCAUACGACGCCCUCGCUCCAAAUCAACCGCGUCAUCUCCUGGCUGCAAUCCCUGUAGCCCAGCAUCUGCUCCGGUCCGUCUUACGGACGGGCUCGUCACUGCUGAUGAAGCAUCAGAUCCGCCAUCUGCGUGCGUUCAGGAUGGGCGUGGUCAAGGACGGGCCUGAUCUCGCGCUGUUCGCGAAUAGUCCCGGCGCGUUGGUCAAACUGGCAUUGUGGGUCGGCGAAGCUGUUGCUGUGAACGAGCGGGACAAAAAAGGUUCUGAGGGUGCGACGCCAUUGGUUCUCGCAGCCCUCGAUGAGGUGAGGGGGACAUACGUCGUCGUGGGGACAGGUGGGGGUAUUGGUGGAGGCGAGGAUCUCGAUGCACGGAAGGAGAAGGCGGAGCGAAAGGCGAAGAAAGAAACGGAGCGAGAGGCCAAAAGGAAGGUCAGAGAGGAGAAGCGGGCGGCGAGGAAGGCGCAGCGGGAGUUGAAUGGAGAUGAUAGUGAUUUUGAUGAUAGUGAGAGCGAGUCAGAGGAAGAAGAAAGCGACGAGGAAAGCGAAGAUGAGGAUGAAGAAGAGAUGACAAGGCGGAACAAACGUGGGUACGGGCAUAAUCGAUUUGGCAUUGCAUUCCAAGAGGUUGUGGAAGAGACGAACGCGAGAGUCAAGAUUGACAGUUUCGACCAUUGCAUUGUCGAGGUGAAGAAGGAAGAUCUUGGAGGGUUCUUGGAGGGGUUGAGUUUGAAGGCUGUUGUGGGGAGAUGAUGUGAUGGACUGUGGUUUGAGGGGAGUGAUUGUGAUGGUGAUGGUGAUGGUGGAGAAUGGUGUCUUGAUGAGUCUGUUUACGCAAAGCGCUUACGUUUUCCAUUUGCAUAUGCUUGGGUUUUGGUUUCGUUGGUUGCGGCAUGGAGCAUUUCUGCGAAUGUACAGCCAUUACGACUAUCGUGGCCUGGCAAGCAACGAUGGAUUGAUCGACAUGGACGGUGUUAAAUGGGCAUUAGCAUGAGCAUACUCCGUAUAAGCCUGGCCUUCAUGAUACGUUGCGGACCGGCAUGAUCCAAGAUGAAUGCUGCUUUCUCAGCUUGAAGGGCUCGGAGAAUAUGAAAGCGGUACUGUCAGGAUUUGGCUGCUCGGUGUCCUCCACUGAGUCUGGGGUCCGCCCGUACAGUAGACUAGGCGUCGCUCUUCGAAAGGGCCGGUGAUGACAUACAACGG